CGUCCAGGAUAAAGGAGGACAAACGAAACCGACCGAGGAAGAGAAAGGAGAAGAGGGGGAAAGGAAAGAAAAGUCGCCGCAGCCGUCGUCGUCGUCGACCCCGAGGCCGCCCUCUCCUCCCCCCUUUUGCCCGAUCGGAGAGCAGGGCGAGGACGCGCUCUUCUGUUCGCUCGUUGAGGUACUCCAUCUAUCUCCUCCUGUCUCCCUAAGCCGGCAUCGAUUCGGCGCGGUGGUUCCUUGAUUUGAUUGAUUUCGUCGGUUGGCCGGUUCUUCCGGCGGGUGGUGCGGGAGACGGGUUCCUGGAAGCCGCAAUGCAGGGCUCUACAUCUUGUGAGCUGAGUUGAAGUUACUUGAACCUGCGCGUCCGUGGCUGAGUGAGUUGAAGUUGAACCCUUCGCGAUGGAUGGAAUGGAGAACCAGGCCAUUUCGCAGUUGCUCUAGCCUGGUCAGCUGUUUUUUCCGGUGAACAUGUCCUCAACUACCGGGGUUUUGAUGGGGGCGAAGAAAGCAAGGGUGGAGGAGGAGGAUGCUCGGCCGCUCUGUACUGAUGCGCUUACGGAGGUCUUCCACAGGCUGCCUGCUCGCACUCUUGUUUCCUGCAGGAUGGUUUGCAAGUCCUGGAUGUCCGUGUUGUCCGAUAUGCACUUUGUUUACGAGCACCUGAGACGGAGCCAGCAGAAGCUGCUGCUCUUUGCAAAUGAUAGAGCGAAUGAUAGGUCUCUUGCCAUGGUGCUCGCAGACGCCUCAGGGUCCAUGUAUCAGCUGUCUAGGCCAUUAUUGGCUUCUCGGAGCCUCUUCGUGCACAACUCUUGCAAUGGCCUGCUCUGCCUAGGUGACAGUACAGGAGCAGUGGAGUUGCUCAACCCAACAACUGGUGAAUCUGUUGUCUUGCCAACGCCAAUGUGCACUGCAGGAAGCAGUCAGUUCUCAUCCUGCAAUUGGCACUGCUUGGGGUUUUGCCAAUCAACUAAGGAACACAAAAUUGUACAUUUCUAUCCAGGCCCUCAUAUUGAUUCUUUCAAGGUGCGAUGCGAGAUAUACACAUUCGGAGGUAAUUUGUGGAGACAGAUCGGGAGUCUCCAUGGGGCACCGACAGAUAGAGGGAUUCAUGUGAAUGGAGUGGUGUACUAUCUGACAAGGUUCCGCUAUAUUAAUUCAUCUCGCAUCAAUUGUUUGAACCUAGAGACUGAAAAGUUCAAUGUCAUGAUGCUUCCUCCACGCAAGUCCUAUGGAGGGCAAUGUUCUUUGGCUGAGCUGGAGGAAAGGCUAUGCUUGUUGGUUGUGGAUGGUGUGCCUGAAGCUCUACCUCGUACAAUGGACAUAUUGAUGCUCGAUAACGAUGACAAGCAGAACUGGACUCACAGGUACCACAUAUCCUUGCCUUGGUUGGUGAGUUCAUGUUACUUCACUCCAAAGCACACACUCUUCCAUGAUGGGAAAAUUUGGGUACAGCUGUUGGCUCGUAACCUCUAUUGUUAUGAUCCAAGUUCAACCUCUGAAGAACUGGAGACUGCCUGUCCAGAGUCAGAUUUUCCCUUCAGCACGCAUAAGUUUGUUGAAAGCAUAAUUCCUCUGCGCCAUUACUUCAUCAAUCAUACACAGUGAUACCGGUGCUCUCCCCUUUACUGUUUAAGAUGGUAUUGAGCUUAUAGAGUUAAACUUUGUUGUUUUUCUGUUCAUGAACGAAACCGUUGACUGCCUUGGUAUGUCCUAUUUUAUCGCUAUUUGUCAUCAGUCAUAAGAAAUGCAAUUCUCAAACGUUCCUAAUU